AUGGCGUUGUUCAGUGCUGCUGGAGAAGAGGAAGACUUCGAUGAAGAUGAUUUCAUGCUAGGAAAUGAAGACGUGCAGGUUGAUGAAAAGCCAAGGCUCCUUGGUCCUGUUGAAAAGGGUCCCACAAGUAAUACGAAUCGAAGGCAAGUUCAAAAUGGGUUUGGCAUCCCACUUUCUUCACAAAUGCCAAAGAAGGACAUGCAGUCAAAGGACGACUUCCAAGCUGCAGCUAUGAGGGGCCACGCUGAUGUGGUGGAGCAGUGUCUACAACAGGGAAUGAAUGUUGAUGAAAUAUUGAAAUGUGGGUGGACCGCCCUCAUGUAUGCGGCCAACUCAGCAAAUCCCAAACUUGUGAGAUGUCUGCUGGACAAGGGAGCUAAUCCAAACUUUGAUAAAGAUUUCUACACUGUGUUAAUGUCUGCCUGCUCAUCUAACCGAGAGGUUAACGACUCCAUCCUGGAGUGUGUGCAGGUUCUUGUUGAAGCAGGGGCUGAUGUCAAUGUCAGAGACAGAUACCACGUAUCUCCGCUGAUGUGUGCUGCUCGGGAAGGUCACGUGACUGUCAUGGAUUACCUCAUUGGUCAAGGGGCUGAGAUGAACCGGCAGGACUCGCGGGGAUUGACAGCCAUGUCGUGGGCUGCUUCCAAGGGGCAUCUGAAGGCUGUGAAGCUCCUGUUGGACAGGGGAGCUGACCUCAAUCUCAAACACUCCGAUGGUCAGAGGGCAGUGGACAUUGCAUUGAAUGAUGAGACGGUCUGUUUGAUACAAGGCAAGCCCUAUGAAAGGCCAGUCCCGACGCCAGUUGUAAUGAACGGGCACCCCAUGUCAGGUGGAGAACCAGCUGUGGUACAGAAGCAGAGGGUGAAGCCGCCCCCACCCGAAGGAGACUUAAUCCCUGUAGACAAACCUGUUGAUGAGCGGUAUGGAGAGCUGGAAGUGUUCCUCUAUGGCCUUGAGGUCGGACACCUCAUUCCUCUCUUUAAGGAUCAACAUGUUGACUUUUUCAACUUUCUUCGCUUCAACGAACAAGAUUUGAUAAAUAUGGGGAUCACACAAAUAGGAGUACGCAAGAAGCUGCUGGAUGCUAUAGAGGUGGUCCACAAGAAGGAGUGGGACACUUCCAGCCUCAUCUCUGUACAGUACAACAAACACAUUGGCUGCCCAGAUGCCAUGGCUAUGGUGGCCAACAUCUCCAAGCACCUGCGUUACAUCGGCAGCACAGUGGUAUACGUGCGAGAACAGAUCAGAGCCCACCCACAAAUACUCAAUGAUGCCAGGGAUGGCACCGGGCCAAGGCAGCUUCACAAGCAUACACAAGAUGCCUCGAAAAAUCUUGACGCCUUGGCAAAGGAAAUUAGUCGAUUACACAGUUGCCUAAAUGUGGAAAUGAAAAGAUUGAAUCUGGAUCCUCCAGAUCUGGUACUUACUUCUUCCAAAGCCCGGUUAAAGUGCAGGUCACGUGUCAUGCGGCUCCUGUCUGUAUCAGUGGUGGCAACGAUGGCAGCGGUUAUGUGGUGGAAGCGGGACGUCGUGAUGGAGCAGGCAACGUCACUGUUUAUCAAGACAUCAGAAAUAGUGGAGAAAAACACAUAGUCUUCAUAGUGGUGUUUAAUAUGAGCUUUCAUGAAGGUCUCUUGGUAUAUUCAUUAAACUAUUCUUGAAGGUCUAUGGGUAUAGUCUAUAACCUAUUCAUAAAGGUCUGUGGGUAUAUUCAUUAACCUAUUCAUGAAGAUCUAUGGGUAUAUUCAUUAAACUAUUGAUGAAGGUCUAUGGGAAUAUGCCUUUAACCUAUUCAUGAAGGUCUAUGGGAAUGUGCCUUUAACCUAUUCAUGAAGGUCUAUGGGAAUGUGCCUUUAAC